AUGUCUACACUAGAUGAGGUACGAAAUGAAAUAAGAGAGCUGGAGCUAGAGAUUGAAGAGUUGGAGCAAGAAGGGGGCGAGGAUGAAUCCUUUGACGGAGAGCCACAUAAUGAUGAUAUUUCUAACUACGCCACGCUAGACCAGCUUGGAAAAAUGGAUGAGCUAUUGUACGACAUAUUAAAUGACAAGAAUGAUGACUUGGAUAUGGGAGAGAUUGUGGAUGGAAGGCGGAUUCUCCGGUCAAAAGAGCUUCAGGCUCUACAUGGCGAUGAAAUUCCCAAAAUUCAGAUCGAGAACGUGUAUAGAUUCAAUGGAAUUACUAUGUUUCCGAUAUCCAAUGAUCCAGAAAGAAUAUUUAUUGGCAUAAGAUUCGAUGUUUUCAACAGUUAUUUGAAGAAAUUUACCACCUGUCACUACAUUAUCCUCAAGCAACUUGAUAUCGAAGCAAGUGAGAAGGAGCAACAGCUACAAAUAUCCCCCGAGACCAAGGCAGGCAACUUUAACUGGAGAUGGGAGGUCUUCCAGACUACGGUACCGAAGCACGUCCCUAUUGGCGAUGUAGCUAGAGACUACCUAUCCGUGGAGCAUACCCGAGAACCGGCAUCGGAUGCUGCCCCUGUUCCGAGCUUCAAUCGGAUGAACAAGUUUGCCAUGCACAUCUACGAACACCUUUCUCUCCUCGAGGAGAGAAAGGCCUUUGCAUAUAAGCUACAAGGUCAGUACGCCAGUACGAAGCGGGUUCUGGUCAAGUUCGACCCUGCUGUGUGUCGAAUCGAAAUUACCCUUUUUGACAAGAAGAGGCUUACGACAACAAAGCUCGUUGUUGAUAGUGACAGCACCGCCACACGAUUCUUCCUCAACGUCAAGGGAAGUGGCGGUGCGGAAAACGAAAGCAGAAAUGUGGCACACACUUACUGGAGCAGUGCCUGUGGCGCAGUCAACGUGCUGCCAGACAUGAGAAGUUUUGCCGUGGCGGUGCAAAAAAGCAUUGAUACCUUCUUGUUACAAUAUUGA